GUUAUAGUUAUUAAAAAUAAAUUAAAAGUGAUAGCGCUUCAGUGACAAGCUGAUGAACAUGAGUGUUCCAGUUUUUCAUUUAUUCAUUGGUUACAUGUUUAUCUCCUUCUAAUAAGCUCGGGGUAGUUCUUCCUCCCCUCCUGUUUAGCCUCACAACAACUCUGUGAGGUAGGCAAAGCUGCGGUGAUGAACCCGCUACACCAAACCUGGUUCCUGUAUGUGGUAAACGAUCUCCCACCACCUUCUGUUUACAUUUCAGCAGCGUUUAAGCCCUUUUGAUUCAAAACAAAACUGGUGUUUUGGGCAGAAAGGCAUAUGUAAAGGGACGACCCCUUAAUUCCUUUUGAAUAACUAAUGUGAGGGUGGUAGGUGAGGGUUCUUUCUCAGCUUCUAUAGUGCGUGCCUUUCAAAAAUGAGGAACUGCAACUGGUCAGAGUUUGAAAUCCUACCCCACCUUUUGUAAACUGCCCAUUGCCAUUGACACAGCGCAAAUUUGACACAGCGCAAAUUUGGGGUUGUCACUGGUUUUUUGUUUGUUUGUUUGUUUAGCUCUUAAAGAUCUGAUUAGAGUACUUUCCCCACUGAAAUUAAUGAGAGUGCAGCCUCUUUUGCACUGAAAGCACCUUCGUGGAGAAGCUUCAGUUUUGCUGCACCUCCUGGCAGGAAGUACAGCAAACAUUCCUGCCAAAGAUGGGCCAGCAUGGCGUUAUGUGCUGGGUGCUUCCGCGACAAACAUCCUGGACAUUAACGAAAAAGACACCAUGCAGAAUCUGAAUGACCGCCUGGCUGCCUACCUGGACAGGGUGCGAUCUCUUGGAGAAUCCAACGACCAGUUGGAGAAGAACAUCCGAGAGCUUUAUGCAAAGCGAGCAUCAAUCAGACCUCUUGAUCUGAGCGGUUAUUUCAUCACCGUCACAGAGCUGAAGUCAAAGAUCCAGCAGGAAACCUUGAAAAAUGCUGGGCUGCUCUUACAGAUUGACAAUGCCAAACUUGCAGCUGAUGAUUUCAGAGUGAAGCUGGAAUCUGAGGUGGGCAUGCGUCUCUCCGUGGAGGGGGACCUCAGCGGGCUGCGCAAGGCCUUGGAGGAGCUCUACAUCAGCCGAACAAGUUUGCAGGUGCAAGUUGACAAACUCCAGGAGGAACUGGCCUACCUCAAGAGGAACCACACGGAGGAAGUAACCUCUCUACAGGGACGGCUGGGGGGUACCAUCAAUGUGGAGGUGGACUCCAUGCCUGGUGGUGACUUGCAGAAAAUCCUGGCUGAGAUCCGUGACCAGUAUGAGGAUGUCAUGGAGAAGAACCGCCAGGGAGCUGAGGCCCUGCACAAGGCCCAGUGUGAUGCACUCAACCAGGAGGUUGCUGUCAGCAAUGAAGCUCUCCAGGCUGCCCUGCUGAAGAUCACAGAGUUGAGACGGUUGGCUCAGGCCUUGGAGAUUGAGCUCCAGUCUCUUCGUAGCAUGAAAGUCGCCCUGGAAGGUACUCUGGCUGAGACUGAAUCCCGUUAUGGGGUGGAAUUGUCACGCUUGCGUGAUCUUGUCACUGCCAGGGAGGCAGAGCUGCUACAGCUGAGAUCUGAUGUUCAGCGCCAAGCUGAGGACCACAAACGGCUGAUGGACGUCAAAACCAGACUGGAACAGGAGAUUGCCACCUACCGGCACCUUCUUGAAGGGUCUGAAGCUGAGCCACCAACCACCCGAGAGCCUUCUGCGAGCCGUCGGGUGAAGACUCUCAUUGAGGAGCUGGUAGACGGCAAGGUGGUAUCCUCGCGUGUGGAGGAGGUGGAGCAAAAGCUCUGAAGGCUGCUGGCUUAACUACUGAAGUGGUGGUGGUGGUGGUGGUGGUGGUGGUGGUGGUGGUGGUGUGUGUUGUGGGGGCACAAAUCUGCCUGACUUCUAGCCAGUUUAUCCCAGGCUUAAGGCUUUGGUCUGCAAUUAAAGCAACUCUUUCCCACCUGCCAAGAGAUCUGCUUUGCUGUGCUUUCUGAGAGGCUCAGGCCCCUUCAGAUCCACUCCCACCCAUACACACCUCCUUGGUCUCCCUGGCAUUUUGCUUUCCAGCCUAUGGAUCCCCAGCCUCCGCCUUGCUCCCAUCUGCUCUCCUUCCGCCAGUAGCACGACCCCUCGGAAAUAAUCACACGAUUGAGAAGUUCGCAUUUUCUACAUGGUCAUUUGGUAUUAAAUCUGAUUUGGGGCCAAAUUAGACACUG